UGUGUAAACCGAAGCAAGUCCUGGUAGAUACGAGCUUAUAUGCCAGCCCUGAGUUGGCGUUUUUCCUCUCGUCCAUCUUUAGUACUAAUGCAGUCUGGGGAUUAUUCGUGAUUUCCAACAGACAUUGUGCGAUGGACGACAUUUCGAAUGUUACGUGCAUUCGUGCUCUAACCCCUUAUAACGCUUCGACCUUAAAUGCAAUCAGAGUAUGUGAAACAGCAGCGAAUACCCCAUAUUGCUACCCGCCAAAUGGAACCCGGCUAUGCAUUCCAUCCUACAGUUUUUAUUUUGUUUGGCCACCAGGCUACUACCACGACGACUCAGAAAUAGCCAUAGAGUAUGAUCUCAGCUGGAGCUGGUACUUCGGCGUAAAUAGCAGCCUCGGCAUCGACAGUCUAUCGUUCACAGAGGACAUGUUCACCGAUGAAGCGCAGCCCAUGCCCAAUACGACUACCGAGAAGCUGAUGCCGAUGUACCUAUUAGAACGCCGCCGCGAUCCCGAGGCCACAACUUACGACGUGAAGACGCACGAGGGGCCAACGCUUACGCUUGUCAAAACGGCACUGUUUGCUGGCACCACAUCUACAGAGUAGUUUCAAACCGGGAGCGAUUAUUGGGGUUGUACUAGGUAUAGCGUUCGUGAUGAUCGGACUGGUAUGCCUUGCUCGUAUGAACGGGAAGCCGAGGCCGAUGGCGGCGGCGCUGGCGAGGAGUACGGAGGAGGGCGAGGGAAGGCAGGUGGAGCAUCGUGCGACGGGCGGACCGGCGGCG